UUGCCAAAGCAUUCAACAAAGAUAGUCAGAUGUAUGACGUUUUUGUCUGAUCCAUUGAAAAGUUGGUGACCAGCUGGUGCCAUUAGUUCGCGAAUUGGCCGGAAAACUCUCCAAUUUCAACAGCUAGAUUACAAUUUGGCAAUUUUGCCGAAAGAAUCACAGUGAACUCUCUGUCCUAAACAGCUGUAGCCAUCAAACUUCACAUAAUAACUGGAUUCUGCUUCAUCAUUAGAAGUUGAAUAUUAUCUCAAAAAAUUAUUUUUUUCGAACAAGAAAUCGUGCAUAAUAAGAAUUUCGAAAAUUACGAGGGUAAAAUGUAUCCAUCCAUUGGAAUCGGCAGAUCGCUCUUAAAAGUCAUUAAACCUCUUCAGAAUUUUAGAAAUAUUUCCGCAAUGUCUUCCUUCAAUUUUGAUACUAUAUCGGUAUCGAGUCCCAAUGAGUUUGUGUACAAAGUUCAACUCAACAGACCGAAUAAAAUGAAUGCAUUGAAUAAUGCGAUGUGGAUGGAAAUCGGCGAAUGUUUCAAAAUGCUCGAUGAUUCCGACGAUUGUCGAGUGGUCAUGCUCACAGGAGCGGGCAAGGCAUUCUGCGCAGGACUAGAUGUGCAAGAAGCUAUAAUUUUAGGACAAGAAGUCGCACAACAUGAAGAUGUUGCGCGCAAGGCUAGACUACUGGAGAAGCGAAUAAAACUCUACCAAGAUGCAUUAUUUUCAAUCGAAAAAUGUCGGAAGCCGGUGAUUGCUGCAAUACAUGGCCUUUGCAUAGGUGGUGGCUUCAACAUGGUCUGCGGUGCUGACAUUCGGUAUUGUUCGACCAAUGCUUGGUUCACCCUGAAAGAAGUCGAUUUGGGAAUGGCAGCCGAUGUCGGCGCGUUGCAGUGGUUCCCCAAGAACAUUGGUUCCUCUAGUUUAGUCAGGGAAAUUGCUUUCACCGGCCGGAAAAUGCAGGCUGACGAGGCAUUACAGUGUGGCUUCGUCAGUAGGCUAUUCCAGGAUGACGAGAGUUUAUGGACAGAGACCCUCAAGCUUGCGGAAGAGAUCUCCCAGAAAAGUCCAGUUGCAGUGCAGAAUACCAAGAAAACAUUAGUUUACUCAAGUGAUCACACUGUUCAAGAGGGCCUCGAUUACGUUAGAAAUUUGAAUCAAGCGAUGCUGCAGAGUGAGGACUUCGUGAAGGCUGCUGUCGCGAUAGCCAGCAAAGGGGAACGUCCGUCGUUUUCCAAAUUGUAAAUGGUAUCGAGGGAACAGGGGUAUAUUUUCUCGCGAACUGAAAUGGAUCGAAAACUGUGCAAUAUCUAAUUCUUUAUACAUUUGAUAAUCUUUUUAUACAAACACCUACGAAAAAAUUCAAUAGAAAAUCCUAGGGGUGCCUUUAAGAAAUUCAAUUGAAGUUCUGUCGUAAUUCUAUUGAAAAAUUCUAUUUUUUUUUGGACAACUUUUAUUGAAGAUUGCAAUUUUACCCUGUCAUUUUGUUUAAGGGAUAUUUGAUAGAAAAAAGUCAAUAGAAUAUGAUUUUUCUACAGAAAUUCUUGACUACAAAUUCUCGAAGAAUUUUCCGUAGUAUUUUUAUUUGUUUCUCAUAAUAAAAAUUAAGAAAAAAACUUGGAAAAUUCUUGUUCAAGUGUUCCCAUAGAAAUAAUCCGAAUAGACUGAGUUAUAUGGAAUAAUCAACAUUUAUAUACUUUUUCUACGAACAAACAUCUAUUGUAAAAGGCACAUAAAAGUUACAUAACUUUCAAUAAAUUAGUGCAAAAACAAAUAGAGUUUUUUAAUAGGACUCCGAUAGAGUUUCUUAUAGAAAGCGCAAGGACUUUCUAUCAAAUUUUUACGUCCAUGAAAUAAUAAUACUAUCAUAUCUACCUUAUAUUUUUUUAUACUUGGAAAACUAUCAAUUAAACUUUGGAGGAUAUUUUCCUAAUCACAUCAA